CAACAUGCAUGCACUGCCUUGAAGAACUUUGCCAAAUACUUUCUUCACCAAUCUCAUGAGGAGAGGGAACAUGCUGAGAAACUGAUGAAGCUGCAGAACCAACGAGGUGGCCGAAUCUUCCCUCAGGAUAUCAAGAAACCAGACUGUGAUGACUGGGAGAGCGGGCUGAAUGCGAUGGAGUGUGCAUUACAUUUGGAAAAAAGUGUGAAUCAGUCACUACUGGAACUGCACAAAUUGGCCACUGACAAAAAUGACCCCCAUUUGUGUGACUUCAUUGAGACACAUUACCUGAAUGAGCAGGUGAAAGCCAUCAAAGAAUUGGGUGACCACGUGACCAACUUGUGCAAGAUGGGAGCACCCGAAUCUGGCUUGGCAGAAUAUCUCUUUGACAAGCACACCCUGGGAAACAGUGAUAAUGAAAGCUAAGCCUCAGGCUAAUUU